CAUACCGAGUAAACGAUCGCACUGGCCAGAACCAACUCAAUCGUGGGUAAUGCAGGCGGGAGUGACGAGUGCGGGGAAGAAGCACAACCUCGGCUCAAUGCCCGCUAUCUUAUCUUAUCUCCACAAAGAGGGUUUGUGCUGCCCCGCAUUCUCUCUUCCUGAUUAUGACUAUUGGCCCAAGAACAAUGAUCGUCACGAUACAUGGACUCGAGAAUUGACCACGUCCGGUGAAAUUCCUCCGGCGGGAUAUGCACAUAUAAUAGCUCUUCGCAUUGCAUCCUCUCCCCCCUCAUUACCGAACCCCUGCAAGAAAACCACCAGCAGGGAUCGUCGCAAUGCGGUUCGAACUCAAUUGGUGCCAGCUCUGCCACUGGGGCUUACUGGGUGCGGCCGGCGUCGUGCACGCCGUAGACCUACCCCCCUACGCACAGGACCUCUUCGACGAGUCGAUGGUCUUUCAAGACGCCAUCUACGACCCGACCGCCGCAUACCUGCACUACUUCUACUACCCGCUCGCGGCGGGCGCGCACGAGACCCGGUCGAGCGUCUGGUAUGCGGCGGGGUUGUUGCAGCGCAAUCGCGGCGACGACGUGCACGAGGCUGUUCGUAUCCUGGAGAAUGUCAUCGGGGUCCAGGAGAAGGACCCGUCGGUGCUGUGGUACGGCGACUACACCAAGUACCCGGAGCAGCCGACCGUGGGGAGUGCGGCGUACCCUGCGGUGAUCUACAACUCAUGGGACCCCAACUGGCGCGGCUUCAUCGGAACAGCCCUAAUCGUCAUCUACGAGGAGUUCCGGCCGCUGCUGCCCGCCCACCUGCCAUCUCUCAUCCUAGACAGUCUCUACAACAACACAAUCGGCGAUAGCUACCGCGUCGGCGGCGUCGAUAACGACAACCUGUACCCGGCAUACAGCAACGCCUGGCUGAUGCGCACGGUAGUCACCUCCUGGACGGGGCGACAGUUUCAGGACCGCAACAUGAGCGCCGCGGGCGAUGCCUCGGCGCGCGCCUUCCUAGCGCUGUUCAACACCACGGACACGCUGUCCGAGUUCAACGGGCCGACCUACGCGGGCGUCUCGCUGUACGCCCUCACCCUGGCCGCCAAGUAUCUUUCCCCUUCCUCCCCAUCUUCCACAAACACAAGCGCAAACCCAAGCACAACCACAACCACAACCACCGCAACCCCACUAAUCGGCCAGCACGCCCCGGCCCUCAUCCAAACAAUCUGGACCACAACCGCACAGCUCUGGCACCCAACACUGCGCAAUCUCGCCGGACCAUGGGACAGAACCUACGGCUACGACAUGACGAACUACGUGGCGAUAAUGUCGCUCUGGAUCUGGGCGAUAGUCGGCAAGACGCACGCAUACCCGCCGUCGACGCAACCGAUCUACACGCUCGCGCACGCCGACGACUUCGAGAUCGCGCCGCUCCUCGCUAUCCUUGCGCCGUUUCACAAGACCCUCCUCCCAGACUCUAUCCUCACCCGGUUGACCUCCCUCCCUUCAACCCUCUCCUCCAAUGCCAGCGCAAGCUACAUCUACAAAGCGCACACCUACGCCCCACCCGCAGACCUCACGCCCCGCACCAUCACAACCUUCCUCUCCCCCAACCUCACAAUCGGGACCUUCUCCUACAACCAAUCCACAAUCGGCGGGUUCUCCAAGGAUAGCACCUCGUACAGCCCAGCGGUAAUCCAGUGGCUGCGGCCGCGGGACAACUCCGUGGGGUACAUGAGUCUUAUCCCGUCUGAGGCGGCGCUUUGUGCUGAGGUGGAGCCGUACCGGGUUAGUUUGUCUUAUCCUGAUGGGAACGCGUCCAGUGUGUUUGAGUUUGCGGUGGCGGUGAAUCCGCUCCAUGGGGUACGGGAUGUUGGUGGGUUGGAGGAUGUGGAGGGGGUCGAUGUGAGAGUUGCUGGGGGGACGGUGGAGGGUGUUCCCCUGGUGGGGUUUUGUGGGUUGCUCGGGGGGGUUUGUGAGCCUGUUCAUGGGUUUGAGGUUUGGAAGUUUAGGUUCUCGAUGCCGGCUGGGAGUGUGGAGGUGCCGAGGUUGGUGCUUGAGUUUGGAUUUGGGGGUUAAUUCCCUGGGAGGUUGGCAGGGGGGUUUUGGGGUUCUGCCCCCAUGAACACUGCUUUGGAUUUCAUGGGAUGAGUAUUGCUGGGAAGCUGAAAGAAAGGGGGG